CUUAAGCGACGAAACUAUGGAUAAAAUUUCAAAUUGGCUUAUCAUAUUACUUUUGAAAGAGUACAAUGCUUCCUGGGCUAUAUUGUGCCCAUCUGUGGGAAGCUGGGAGACCCGAUCUUGGUUGUAUUGUAAGGAGAACCCUUUGUGGUAUCAUUGUUUAAACGAUCUGGAGGGGGAAAUUAUUGAAAUAUGUCUUAAACCAACAUACAUUGCAAAAGGUUAUUAUCCAGUUUUGUCAAAAGAACAUUCAUCCAUUUUAUCAACUGAAUGUCCAAGGACACUUUACCAACCGUUUGGACAGAUGUCCAACGAAUUCCGGAAGCGCACCUGUGCUUACACAAAGUCACUGUGCAAUGGCUUAGGGGAGGAAACCUGUAAAGAAGGUAGUUCCCGCGAGGAUCGCAGCUGUCGAUGUAGGCACACUGACGGAUAUGUGUCCGUAGAGAGUCUUCAGACUUUUACAAACAAAUCUUGCUAUCGACCCAAGUACGAAACCAAUGGAUGUUCCUACUUUACAUGCCCUGAAGAUGAGGAACUGAACCCAUGGUAUGCGUGUGUUAAAAAAUGUCCAUUUGGUUAUCAUAGAAGAAAGUAUGAAUCAAGCUGUGUUGCAAAUACAUCAUCAGAGUUUUUAAGUUCAGAAACUGAAGUUUAUGGAUCAACAGGAAGAAUAUUGCACACAUCUCCAGCAACACAGAAGAUUCACGUUAGUAAGAGCAAUAUACAUAUGAUGACUUCAAUAUGAGUAUUUGCUAAUGCAUUUAAGCACUACAUGUACAACACACUUUAUUAAUAUUUCUAUAUUUUGCUGAAGGUAAAACAAAAUCAAUAUUGAGAAACAUAAAUUCAUAAUAUGUCCAAGAUGACACCCAUUGCCACAUUCAUACUAUUUCUUUCAGCCUUUGUUGUAAAGUUAUGAAGUAGAAUUGUUACGUGCGCGUAAAUUAUGCGCGUGCCAUUUGCCGUAGAAUUGAAGUUUAUUUGUUGAUAAACUAUUAAAUGAUUAAAAUCAUUAAAUUUAUCUUCAAAAUGAAGACAUUCAGUAUAAUAAACCAAUUAGUGCCUGUUUGGGUAGGUAACAGUUGAUAUUGACACCAUUGUCAACCAACGCUUCGCGUCGGUUGACAAUGGUUUUCUCAGGGGUGUCAAUUUCAACUGUUACUCACCAAAACAGGCACCAUUUUUAUGUUGCUAUUCUACAUCUGAAUAUAAUCAACUUGCAGUUGCCUUUCUUUUCAUGUUACCCCUAUCCUGUUUUAUUCUUAGUGUUUUUUAAAUCAUCGGUUAAAAAAAAUUGCAAAGUUGCUAUUUUCCAAGAGAGUAUAUCAGAUUUUGUUGUACUUUUAUGUUAAAUACUGAAAUCUGAUUGGUUAAGACGCAGUUCAUAAUCCUUUCUAUUACCCUCAGCGUUAGCAACGCACUUAGCAAUGGGUAACAUUAAAAAUUGUUACAUGCGCAAAAAUUAUGCGCGUACGGUUUGCUGUAGAAUUCACGUUAUUCCUAUAUAAAAGCCGUAAAAUUUUCUUAAAAAUUAAGACAUUCAUUAUAACAAAAUAAAUAGUGCCUGUUUGGGAGGAUAACAGUU